CCGGGAGAAGAUGUUCAACCGCGCGGUGUCCCGCCUCAGCAGGAAACGGCCGCCUUCAGAAAUUAACGAAAAUGACAGCAAGCCAGGCAGCAGCCACCAAAGUCUAAAUGGCACCACAAGAUGGGCUACAUCACUAGAAAAUCUAUUGGAAGAUCCAGAAGGCAUCAAGAGAUUUAGGGAGUUUUUAAAGAAAGAAUUUAGUGAAGAAAAUGUUUUGUUCUGGCUAGCAUGUGAAGAGUUUAAGAAGACACAAGAUAAAAACCAGAUGCAAAAAAAGGCAAACGAAAUUUACAUGACUUUCCUGUCAAGUAAAGCUUCUUUUCAAGUCAAUGUUGAAGGGCAGUCUCGUUUGGAUGAAUCAAUAUUAGAAGAACCUCAUAUACUGAUGUUUCAGAAACUUCAAGACCAGAUCUUCAACCUCAUGAAAUAUGAUAGCUACAGCCGCUUCUUAAAGUCAGAUAUGUUUCUUAAACUGAAGCAGACUGAAGAACAGGAAGAUAAUUCUCCAGAUGCUCAAACUGCAGCAAAAAGAGCUUCUAGAAUUUACAACACAUGAUCCAAAUAAUAACAAAGGAUAUAUUCCACUGGCACUCUAAUGAACAU